ACAGGUAAAUGAGCCAAUCGUUAAAUCGAAAGAGGCGGGUUUAACUGAAGCUAACGUUGUGGGAAUCCAAACGCGUUAAGAUAUUGUUGUAAACAACACCUAAAUAUUUAUAUAAUUUGUAGUUUCAGUGCAACGUUUGCAAUGACGUUUUACCAAAACCCAUAAACAGGUCGCCUCUUGGUUUUUGUAACACUAUCAGUCUCUUCGUCUUUGAUAAAUAGUUCUUGAAAAACUAUUUUGGCUUCUCAGCUCAUCCUCCAGAAGGGGGUUGGUUAAGCAGAGUACUUUUGAAUUUAGUGACUUUAAACAAAGAGGCUGCUAAUGGCGUGUUGUUCUGUAAACCCCGCUGUUUGUCUCCUGAACCCGCCUGUUUUACUUAAACUCCGGGCUUUUAAAUUAAAAACAGAGACACAAAUCAUAAAUGCUCACCAAAUCGGGUACUGGGGAUAAUAAUAAUAAUAAUAAUAAUAAUAAUAAUAAUAAUAAUAAUAAUAAUAAUAAUAAUAAUAAUGAUGUGAACAGAAUGAAGCAAUUUUGUGAACUGUUUUGCUAAUGUUUUGUUGUGUUUUUUUUUGCAAUUUGCUCCAGCUUUUGUAAACAAACAAGGAUGUUUUUAUCUAGCUAUCGGAUUGUCUUUGUUUUUGUGAUUUUAAGGUGCUUUCUUUACAUUUUAGGGUAAUAAGAUAAUUUAAUUGCAUUUUAUAUCCGAUUUUUGGUACUACAGUACAUGUAAUAACAUGAAUGUGUUUAUGCUAUUUACUGGUUUUCUUCUGGUAUUGGUUAAAAUAAAGUAAAAAAAAGUAUAUACCGUAUCUAGCUAUCUGUCUAUCAAUCUAUUUAUCUAUCCGUCUAUCUUGUAUAGUGUCUUUUGCAGAAGAUUUUAAUACAUGUGAAUUUUGUUUUUUCUUUGUAAUACAAUGCAUUUUUUUCUGUAAACUAAAUAUUUUUUGUAACGAAGAUCUUUUGCAAAAUUAAAUUAAUAAUCUAUCUAUAUGUGUCUGUCUAUCUCUUUCUUUUUUUAACUCUGUACUUGUCUAUCUGUCUCUAUCUCCUUUACCUCAGUGGGCUUCAUAUAUUAUUUAAUAUGCUAGCUACCCAAUAUUAAUUAUAUUCUGUGCCACUGAUAUUGACCAACCUUCAGAGUGCUUGUAAACAAAAGGGUUCUCAUUUCUGCGGAGGCUCAAGUUUCAAACUGUAAUCCAAACCCACAGCAGCAUGAGAUCUGCUGAGCUGUCUAUGAGGAUCCCUGUCUGAUGUGGGCACGAAGGUCUAUCACUGCCCAUCACUUCUCCAUGUGUGUGAAUGGACCUCAGCAACUGGAGCCUGCACUGUUCAAAAUAAUAGACAUUGCAUUUUCUUUGGGGCGCUGGACUCUGUAUUCCAAGCACAGGCUGGGUUGUACGGCAGAUUUCUGAAGAUAUUGAGAACAGGCAGCAGGUCAGAUGAAAGAAAACUACAGGGAUUCCUGGUUUGUAUCCUGGAAGAGGGAAUACAGGAACAUGACUGGAUGGAUAGCCCACAGUAUGUAAAUGCAAGGCAAGCGAGAUAGGGAUUCUAUGCUGGUAAAAGAGUAACGCAUUGAAUUGAAUUGAAUUGCUGUGUGUAAUGGUUCACGGGAGUUAUAUACAUCAGCUGGCUCCUUGUAUUUGUAUGUGAAGAAGUGAUAAUAUUGACUAUAGGAACAACGAUCUCAUUCAGAAGAGAGUGUCGGCUAUGUAACUCUGUCCACUAAACUUAAAGAGACCAGAGGAGAAGACAGUUAUACAGUGCAUGAAGUGGUCAGAAUUGCUGGAGUCUAUUUACAUUGAGUGGCGGGUGAAACAUCUUGGUAACGCCUCGGUAGAAGCUGUCGUGCUUGCAAGUUCAGGGUUUGUCCUGAAGACUAAUCCAGGAGGGAAGGGAACUGGCUUGCUGGUAGUCUCCGAUGGGGAAUAGCUGUUCCUGCAGCCACACCACGGUCACACAGAUUCAUGUAGUGAAGACACAGCCAGUCUCAGAGCCGUGUCAAACAGCUGGGGCAGGCUCCUCUAAACAGCCACGCGUACCUGUGGAGACUCACCCAGUCUCAGAGCGUCACGAUGAGGCUGAUAGGAAGGGCGCGGAGCUGGGGUUAAAGGCCAAAACGUGGGACCAAAUCACAGGAGGCAUUCAGGCCCUCCUGGACGGCCGGGAGAGAGACAGCGAGCUAGACCUCUGCUGCCAAUCAGGGGCGAGCAGCAGGGGCGCAGCCAAGCAGAGCGAAGACAAAGUGCUCAACUCAGCACGAUACCAGGAGGUGCUGUCAGAGCUGCAGACUGGAGAGCUCUGGAAGGACCCGGACUUCCCCCCUGCCCCAGCAUCUCUGACCUACGAAGAGGUUCCACCGCCAGCAAUCCAGUGGCUUCGAGCUUCGCAGCUGCACCCGGCUGCCUGUUUCAUGGAUGACGGGGUCAGUAAGGGUGACAUCAUCCAGGGGGAGCUGGGGGACUGCUGGUUUUGGGCCUCUGUGGCCACCAUCCUUCACUCCAGGAGGCUCAUCGAGAAGGUCAUACCCCCAGGUCAGACCAUCUCGGAGCGGGAGAUCUACACCGGACUGUUCCGGUUCCGGUUCUGGCAGUUCGGGAGCUGGGUGGAGGUCCUGGUCGAUGACUUCCUCCCGACCCGCAAUGGCAGGCUGAUUUACGCUCGCUCGGCCGUGGGGAACGAGUUCUGGCCUUCCCUGCUGGAGAAAGCCUUCGCCAAGCUGCACGGCUCAUACCAGGCGAUUGAGGGAGGCUGGACGCUGGACGCUCUCACUGACCUGACCGGCGGGGUGGGGGAGAUGUACCGCAUCAGGGAUUUCACUGACCGUCAAGAUCAGCUCUACAGCCACCUGGCCACAGCGUCCAGGAAGAAAGCCUUCAUCGCCUGUGGAACCAGCCGGCAGUCGGAGCCUGAGCAGAGCGGGAGGGAGGACGGCCUGGUUGCAGGACAUGCCUACAGCAUCACAGCAGUGAAGAAGCUGACCACUCCGAGGGGGAGGGUGCCCCUGGUCCGAAUUCUGAACCCCUGGGGCUGUGGACAGAGCAUGGAGUGGACAGGGGACUGGAGCGAUGACUCUCCGCUGUGGGAUGAGAUCCCGUUGUGGACCAGGGAGUCUUUUGGGUUCACCAAAAAAGAAGAUGGAGAAUUCUGGAUGAAGUUUGACGAUUUCUGCGAGCGAUUUGCCAAUGUCACUGUGCUCACCCUUGGACCAGAUUUUGACUGUGAUGGCAGCACAGAUGCAGGUAGCCUUCUGGAGGUGAAAGGUCGGUGGGUGUCAGGGGUCAAUGCAGGAGGCUGCCGUAACAACCUGGCGAUGUACACGAGCAACCCACAGCACCCGAUCACAGUCCUAGAGACGGCUACUGUGCCACACGGUCAGGGGACUGCUGAAGACGAGGGGUGCUCCGUCCUGGUCUGCCUCCUCCAGAACUUCAACAGGGGGAACAGGAGACUGGAACCUAGAAUGAACCCCAUCGGAAUGCAGGUUUACAAGAGCGGUGACCCCAAGACCCCCCUGACCUCUGCGCUACUGGUUCGACAGCGGGAGGUGUCUGACUCGGGCCCCUACGUGGCACAGCGGAGUGUUAAUCUACACUGCCAGCUGUCCGCAGGGAGCUACACCAUCAUCCCCAGCACCUUCAACCCGGACGCCCCUGGAGAUUACAUGCUGCGCAUAUUCACAGAGUCUCCUGUGCAGCUGCACCAGGGACACCACCUCUCCGCCUGUCCGCUGUGAGCAGGCAUUAGAGAGGGCUAGUGCUGGCUGUGCAAGGUUACAGGAUGAAACGGAUCAUUCUCAAAGAAAAAAAAAACAGCUGUGCGUUGGUUUAAUUGAACAUUGUAUUGAGAGAGAAGAAUAUGGGUUGCACGUAUUAUCAGUACAAAAAACGUAUAUACAAAAUACAAUAAAAAAUGUGUC